UCUGAGCAUACUGCUCUGACACAGCACUGAGACUACCAGCGCACAGCCAGCUCUCUCACACACACACAGUCUCUUCACCGCAUCUUCUUUUCUCUCUCCUUCUCUGUGUUUCUGUUUAUUUUGUCCCUGGCCUCGGUCCUGCUAAUGGUCUCCAGCGUUCAGCAUUGCACUAUGAUGUCAGCGGUGGAUCCUGUGGCAUUAAACUAAGGUUAUGCUGCCCAAAAGGUCCUGUCUGAGUCCCAGCGAGAAAGAGAAGGGCUAAGGCCACACCGUCCCAGAACCACCCACGGCUCCCCUUAACCCAAACCCUGACCAAGAGGAGCGUAACCAUGAGCAACCCCAACACGCAUGGCAAGCUCACAGGCGCCGUGGCAGCAGUCACUCAGACGCCGGAGCCCCCCACCUCACCCUUGCGGGGGCCGCAGCGUGUGGAGGAGGAGGAUGAAGGGGACCUGAACAAAGCCCUGGGGGUCCAGAGCUUCCAGCAGAUCCUGAACCCCGCCCCCAGGGUGCCUGACGAGCAGCACCGCGCCUACAAUGAGGAGGACUUUGAGUAUCACCGCCACUCCUCGCACCACUCCCACCACCCGCUCUCCAAGCUGCCGUCGGACGGACGCCGGAAGAAGAAGAGGAAGAAGGGGCGAGAGCGUCUUAAUGACGCCGGCCCCAGCGGGGCCUCCACCAUCGAGGAGGGCGAGGAGGACGAGGACGAGGACGAGGAGGGCGCGGAGGCCCUGGCCCCCGAGGACCUCGACGCACUGACGGCAGACGUGCAGUUCUUUGUGUCAGACGAGGACCCCCACUUGGCCAUGCCUGUCACCGACAGCCCUCAUGCUGCCCGGGGGCUGGACAUCGUCCCCCAUUCCGCCCAGCCAGCCGACGCAGACGACACCAGCGCCACAGAGAAGAUCCGCACAGCCUCCGGCAGCGACCCGAGCGCACCGGCCAGCCCCGCCCCCCAGUCCCCCGAGCACACGGGCCUCGCCCGGGUGUCGUCUGCCAGCCGCAGCUACGACCUGCAGGAGCGCCGGCGCACGGGCAACAUGACGGGCACCGAGCAGGCCAAGUACCAGCGCAUCCCCACGGACGAGAGCGAGGCCCAGACGCUGGCCUCCGCCGACCUCGACGGCAUCAAGAGCCACCGUUUUGAGGAUGUCCCCGGCAUGCGUAGACACCUGGUCAGAAAGAGCACCAAGGGCCAAGUGGUGCACGUCAGCAAGGACCACAAGGAGCCCAGCGUGCGAAGCCGCAAGCAGGACCAUACCCCACACGAGCCGGUACCGGUGGUUCUGUACCGCUCGGCUUCCCGGCCCAACGGCGUCAUGCUGCUUGACUUCUCCAGCCAUAUGGCCCGCCACCAGAAGGUGUUUGUGGAGCUGAACGAGCUGAUCAUGGAUAAGAACCAGGAGAUGCAGUGGAGGGAGACGGCUCGCUGGAUCAAGUUUGAGGAGGACGUGGAGGAGGAGACUGAGCGCUGGGGGAAGCCCCACGUGGCCUCGCUCUCCUUCAGGAGCCUGCUGGAGCUCCGCAAGACCAUCUCCCACGGCGCGGUGCUGCUGGACCUGGACCAGAAGAGCCUCCCUGGCAUCGCCCACCAGGUGGUGGAGCAGAUGAUCAUCUCGGACCAGAUCAAGGCUGAGGACCGCUCCAACGUGCUGCGGGCCCUGCUCCUCAAACACAGCCACCCGAGUGAUGAGAAGGAGCACAGCAGCCCCUUCCCCAGGAACAUUUCAGCGGCCAGCCUGGGCAGCCUGAUGGUCCACCACCACAGCACCAACCACAUCUCCCAGGCCGAGCCCUCCGUCACCGAGCCCCUCAUGAGCGGCACCAGCAACGGGGCGGACACCGACACACACAUCGACAUGGACAACAAGAACGAGCUGCAGGUGCCUCUUCAGAAGGAGAGCAUUCCAAACAUCGGAAUGCACAGGUCCAAGUCUAAGCACGAGCUCAAGCUGCUGGAGAAGAUUCCGGAGAAUGCCGAGGCCACAGUUGUCCUCGUGGGCAGUGUGGACUUCCUGGAGCAGCCCACCAUGGCGUUCGUGCGUCUGCAGGAGGCAGUGGAGCUGGCCUCCGUCCUGGAGGUCCCUGUGCCUGUCAGGUUCCUGUUCGUCCUGCUUGGACCCCCCAGCACCAGCAUGGACUACCAUCAGAUCGGACGCUCCAUCUCCACUCUCAUGUCUGACAAGCACUUCCAUGAGUGUGCCUACCUGGCCGACGACCGGCAGGACCUGCUCAACGCCAUCAACAGCUUCCUGGACUGCUCCAUCGUGCUGCCGCCGUCGGAGAUGGGCGGGGAGGAGCUGCUGCGCUCCGUGGCCACCUUCCAGAGGGAGAUGCUGCGCAAGAGGGAGGAGCAGGACGGCAGGCUGGCCAAGGAGCCCCAGAGCCCCGAGGACAAGGAAUCCCUACUCACGCCCUUCAAGCCCUCCGACGACCCCCUGCAGCGUACGGGACGCCCCUUCGGAGGCCUGAUCCGGGACGCGCGGCGCCGCUACCCCAAAUACGUCAGCGACUUCAAGGACGCGCUGAACGCCCAGUGCAUGGCGGCGGUCAUCUUCAUCUACUUCGCUGCCCUCUCUCCUGCCAUCACGUUCGGGGGGCUUCUGGGUGAGAAGACUGAGGGGCUGAUCGGAGUGUCAGAGCUGAUCAUCGCCACGGCGACGCAGGGCGUCUUCUUCUGUCUCGUGGGCGCCAAUCCCCUCCUGGUGGUGGGCUUCUCAGGACCCCUGCUGGUCUUCGAAGAGGCCUUCUACUCCUUCUGUAAAGGGAACGGGAUCGAGUACCUGACAGGCCGGGUGUGGAUCGGGUUCUGGCUCAUCAUCAUCGUGGUUCUCAUGGUGGCCUUCGAGGGCAGCUUCCUGGUGCGCUUUGUCUCCCGUUUCACCCAGGAGAUCUUCUCCUUCCUCAUCUCCCUCAUCUUCAUCUACGAGACCUUCUCCAAGCUUGGCAAGAUCUUCAUGGAGCACCCGCUGCAGCGCUGUUCCCUUGCCAACGGCACAGCGGGAGGCGGCGUGGCAGAGAACGUCACCGUGGGGACGGAGCUCGGUAACAGCACGGUACCGGUGCAGUUAAAGAUCCAGGGACAGCCCAACACGGCUCUGCUGUCUCUGGUGCUCAUGUCCGGAACCUUCUUCAUCGCCUUCUACCUGCGCAAGUUCAAAAACAGUGCCUUCUUCCCAGGCAGGCUGCGCCGGGUGAUAGGAGACUUCGGGGUCCCCAUCGCCAUCCUCCUCAUGGUGCUGAUGGACUACAGUAUCCAGGACACCUACACUCAGAAAUUGAGCGUCCCCAGUGGGUUCUCGGUGACCAGCCCAGACAAGCGGGGCUGGGUGGUGAACCCCCUGGGCUCUGACGGGCAGUUCCCCAUCUGGAUGAUGUUCGGCAGCCUUCUGCCCGCCCUCCUCGUCUUCAUCCUCAUCUUCAUGGAGACCCAGAUCACCUCACUGAUAGUGAGUAAGAAGGAGCGGAUGUUGGUGAAGGGUUCUGGGUUCCAUCUGGACCUGAUGAUCAUCGUGGUGCUGGGCGGGACCUCGGCCCUGUUCGGCCUGCCCUGGAUGGCGGCCGCCACCGUCCGCUCCGUCACCCACGCCAACGCCCUCACUGUCAUGAGCAAGGCCGUCGCCCCUGGCGACAAGCCCCGUAUCCAGGAAGUGAAGGAGCAGAGGGUCACGGGGCUACUGGUGGCCGUGCUAGUGGGUAUGUCCAUCGUCAUUGGAGACCUCCUGCGCCAGAUCCCCAUCGCCGUGCUGUUCGGCAUCUUCCUCUACAUGGGCGUGAUGUCACUCAACGGCAUCCAGCUGACAGAGCGCAUGAUGCUGCUGUUGAUGCCCCCCAAGUACCACCCCGACCACACCUACGUCCGCAAGGUGCGGACCCUGCGGAUGCACCUGUUCACGCUGAUCCAGCUGCUGUGUCUGGCGGCGCUGUGGGCCGUCAUGUCCACCGUGGCCUCGCUGGCCUUCCCCUUCGUCCUCAUCCUCACCGUCCCCGUCAAGAUGUUCUUGCUGCCGCGCAUCUUCUCCAACAGGGAGAUGCAGUGUCUGGACGCAGACGAGGCGGAACCCACCUUCGAUGAGAGGGAGGGCCAGGACGAGUACACAGAGAUGCACAUGCCUGUGUGACCCUCCCCUGAACCAAGUAUAUCCUUUCCUCAGUGGCCACACCUACCUGCCAAUCACACUACCAGCCAAUGACCUGCACAGAACUAACAGCUGCCCCAGAACACGACACACCACCCCUGGAAUCUGACCCUCCUCUGUACGGUUUUGUUGGCCCCUUGCCUCCGUUGCUGUAAUUACACCUGACCCAAAGGGAAGGGUGUAAUAUCAAUAUCAGAAGGGGGGUUUGCAUUACUCUGCACACCCAACAAGCUUAUUCUCUGUUGCAGUCACAUGACCUGGGCCUGCUUCAUGACAAAAGCAGGAUGGGUUCACUGCUCUAGGCGAUGGGGAUGCACUAUGCGCAUCAUAACCGUCUGGACUCCUAACAUGACAAACAGCACUUUGCGGCACACACGUUGAAACAGAAGAGACCAACACGAACAGCAAUUCUCCAUUUGAAGAUUUGCAAAGUUAAGUUAUAUAAUCGAAUAUUUCAGUAGGUUUGCCAUUCUUAACAUUUCAGGGGAGGACAAUCUCCCGUCAUAUCUGAAGGCUAUGGGGAUAGCAAGGUCAAAGUUGAUUCUGAUAACAGUGUAUCGUUUGUAGUUUUCAACCCUGAAAGGUUGCUCUGAUUCACAUUGAAUAUGUGGAGGAAUAUGUGGGAUACAUUCCUGGAUUCAAUAUAUUUAACAUAUUGAGCUUUUCAUGUCUGUUGCUUUAUUUGUGUACUUGUUUUAGUUCACCAAGCGCCUUAUAAAGGAAUCAAUAGCUGUGCUGGGAGACAUUCCUCUGUCUUGUUUUAGAUUGCUGCUCAGUCAAGUGCAAAUCUAAGCUCUCCGCACUUUUUAAGACACCAAAGCGGGUCAUUUCAAAUUAAUAAUUUAAGUAUAGAUAUAAUAGUUUUUUGUGUGACUUCAUGAAAAGCUUUUCAUGGCCCCGUGACAUCAUCGAAAGAGAAAAUGUCAAAAGUUGGGAUUGUUUUAUAUAUGUAUAUCUAUCAAUUACAAAGUGGAAACCUCUUCUUUUUUUAUUGAGUUUCAAGCACGCCUGUUUUGAAUUCAACUUCCUUCAAUAGAGCCCAGAUGCAUGCUUGGCUGUUACUUGCAUAGACUGAAUCUCACCAGCAGAGUGCAAGCCUAUGAAACGAAUACAUUGUUGUACCCAUUGCUUUCAGAAGUGCAAUUCAAUUGUUCAAGGUUUUCUUUUUCUUUUCCCAUACUGAUACAUUGAAGAUCCUUAAAAUGGUUCCUAAAGUGGCCUAAGGUCAAGGCUAUGGUCAGCUGCAGGUACGCUUGUAGCUUCCCUCUUGUGUAGCAUAUCUCAAAAGCAAAUUACACACUAGUCAAAGUGAUCCAUUGCCACAUUAACCUGUCGUAUUUUUUCUAGUGUUGUGCAGUUUGUCACUUCAGUAGACGCAUGCCAUCUCCUACUGAAUCCCUAUGAAGGUCAAAACACUGUUCAAUUACUCUGUUUAUUGGGGAGAGCACUAAUUUAUUUGAUUCUUUUCAUGUGCUGUGUUCAGUUUUCUUCUUUGCCAAAUGUCUGUCAUAAAAAUAGUUGAGAGCAGUUACAUACUUACUGUGAGGAUCAAUCAUCUCACCUUUUUAGCCAUCUAGUUUGUGUUAUGUGAGGUAGGCUAUUGGGUUUAGCCUAUAGCUUCAUUUAUUUUCUUGCGACAUUCCACAUUUUAUCAUAAGCUAAUUGUUUUAUUUAUCUCGCUAAUGGCUAAUUAUUGAUACCUUGUGUAGUAGAACAUUACUUGUAAACGGAUCAAUCAUGUCCAUGUCGACCAAGUUGAAAUUAAUUCUAUGUAGACAAUUUCAUUGUGCAUUACCCAUAUGACAGGAUUGAGGUUGUUGAAAUGUAUUAUUUUAUGAAUAUACAAGGCUGGAGAAUCUGUUUAUGAAUGUGCAGAUUAGACCUUAGACCAAUACAGUUUGUAUUGUUUGAAUACUGGACAAGAGACCUCCAUCCCUUUUCCCCUCUCUUUCACCUUCCAGUCCCUUCCCUCCAUGUUGCCUCGUCUCUGUCAUGUCGUUGUGCCUGUGGCUUGUGCUUUACAGUCAAUCUCAAGUGCCACUGGUCACACGUGUGUGACACGUGUGACCAGAUACACUUCUGCCUCCAAUCAGAGGUCAACCAUAGAUGUGUUUGAGUGAUGCCGCGUUUAACUGCUUUGUCACGUACGUUACUGUCUCUGCUCUAUCUGUACUGUCUGCCUGUAGAAUAACACUCAAUAGGGUUCGUCUCAUACAUUACUGUCUCUGCUCUAUCUGUACUGUCUGCCUGUAGAAUAACACUCAAUAGGGUUCGUCUCAUACGUUACUGUCUCUGCUCUAUCUGUACUGUCUGCCUGUAGAGUAACACUCAGUAAGGUUUGCAUUUUUUUUUUUAAAGAUGCCGCUCAGUCUGUCUCUCCUGUUUGUACCAGGAAUGGCGUUAUCACCUGUGAUCUGGGUGUAGAAAGAUUGUGUUAAACUUGUUUAUCAUGGCCAUAGUCCGAUAAGAGCAGGAAGGGGAUUUGGGGAUGAGUGGAUGUGUGGAAUGAAUAUUUUUGUAUUUGGCUGUGCAUGAUGGAUAGAAACAUGGAGGGAGGGAGGGAGGGAGGAAGGGAACAAAGUCUUCUUGAUUGUGUACAAUGCUACAGAGCCUGACUGAAACACCGACACAGCACACUAAACUGUAGUUCCAUUUGAAAAGCAAUUCAAAGCAUUCUGUGUUUAUUGGUCAUGUUCCUUGUACAUAGUUCAAAUAUCAAUGGCAAAUAAAGAUAAUUUUCUAUUUAACAUCA